GUUUUUCCUUCACUGCAGCAUCCGUCAAGGGUUCACCCAUUGGGUGGGAUGAACAGAGAGAAAGACAGAGUAAGGCGUGUCACCGUACCGAAAGAUUGGAGACUGUGUUCUACCCUAAACCUUCACACUACCUGCAAAGGGUUUGCUACGCCUCCCUCUCGUGUGUCUCCUGCAGGACAGCAGAAGGGUGUCGGCCGUGCCCCUCGUCUCCAGACGCACUCCAGUCAUUGGAGGGUGUGUGUACGUGAGUGUGUGUGUUCAUGCCGCUGGUUUGAUGCAGAAUGCGUGCAGCGCAGUGUCAGGUGGUGGCUGGUAGAAGGCAUAGCAGAACACUUCUUCACCUGCUGCUGCUGCUCGUCCUCUGUUCGGGACAAACACGUGCAUACAUCCAGAUCCCUCAUGACUACAAAUAUAAUGACCUCAAACAACCUCCAAAGAUCAUGAUACAACCCAUGUCUCACAUUGCUUUCUCUCUGGAUGAUGUUUAUCUGAACUGUGAAGCAAGUGGAAAACCUACACCCAGUUUCCGCUGGGUGAAAAAUGGGACUCAGUUUGGGGAUGUUCUGCAGGGGUCAGGAACCCUCACAGCAGAUAAAACAGAAGAUCUCAGGUUCUACCAGGGCUCAUACCGCUGCUACGCUGCAAAUGAGCUGGGAACAGCUGUCUCGGACCUGGUGCACCUGACCACAGAAUCCAUUCCAACUUUGGCAAAAGAGAAGCGUCAGAAAAAAAAAGUGUUUGAGGAAGGAGCGAGUGCAGUUCUUUACUGUAACCCUCCAAAGAGCUCUGUCACACCCAAAAUACACUGGAUGGACCGGCUGUUUCGUCAUAUCCCUCUGAGUGAACGCAUUACCACCAGUCUGGAUGGAAAUCUGUACUUUGCCAACCUACUAGUCAGUGACAGCAGAGACGACUACACCUGCAAUGCUCACUACAUCAAUGCCAGCGUCAUCCUGCCUAAAGAGCCCUUCGGCAUCAGCGUUUUUCCCUCAAAUUCUGUGGCAAAGAACCGGCAGCCCCAGCUACAUCAGCCAUCAGGAUCUCACAGCUCUUAUCUGGUGCUUAUGGGCCAAACACUGACUCUAGAGUGUAUUCCUGAGGGCCUGCCGACUCCAGCUGUGCUCUGGGAGAGGAAGGACAACCCCCUCUCUCUGACCCGGACGAAGAAGCUAAACUACAACCGCUGGCUUCAGAUUCAGGAUGUGUCUGAGACGGAUGAUGGAGAGUACGCGUGCACUGCCAGGAACAGCCAGGGCUCCGUUACACACUACUACACUGUCACUGUUGAAGCUGCUCCAUACUGGACCAAGAGACCUGAAGACCACCUGUAUGCCCCAGGAGAGACUGUAAGACUGGACUGUCAGGCCGAGGGUAUACCCACACCAAACGUCACAUGGAGCAUCAACGGUGUUCCCAUCACAGGGACUGAUCAGGACCCGAGACGGCGUGUGAGCUCUGGCAGUCUAAUUCUCACAGACGUUCAGUACAGUGAUACAGCAGUCUAUCAGUGUGAAGCCACCAACAAACAUGGCAACAUCCUCAUCAACACUCACGUCCAUGUCGUCGAACUGCCUCCUCAGAUACUGACAGCAGACGGACUCGUGUACAGAGCAACGACUGGUCAAACCGCUCUACUGGAGUGCAGAACGUUCGGUUCCCCCAGUCCCAAUGUGGACUGGGAGAUUUUAGAGUAUGGCCCUGCUCUGUCUAAUGUUAGAAUGUCUCAGUCGACCAAUGGAAAUCUAGAGAUCAGUGACGUGACUGAAGAAGAUGGUGGCAUUUACACAUGCUCAGUGAAACACUCCAACCUGACCAUCACUGCCGAGCUGCAAGUUUUGAACAGAACUAAGAUUGUUGACCCACCGCAGGAUCUGCGUGUUGUUCGUGGAAAUGAUGUAGUAUUGCACUGCAAAUAUACACUAGACCAGCAGUUGAAGUAUCCCACAAUUCAGUGGAAGAAGGAAGGGUACAAGAUCCCAGCGUCUGCUAAUUAUCACAAGUACACUGAAUAUCCAGAUGGCUCCCUGAAGAUCACAGAUGUUCAGAUGAUGGACACUGGAAUCUACAGCUGUGAGAUCAGCACUAAACUCGACUCGGCCAUGGCCACUGGAUCCAUCACUGUACAGGAUAAACCAGGCUAUCCUCACUCUCUGGAGAUUUCUGAAAAGACAGACCAUAGCAUCACUCUGUCCUGGACGCCUGGAAACGAAAACAACAGUCCUGUGUCUGAGUAUGUAAUAGAGAUGAAAGAGGAGCAGUUCGGAGAAGCAGGCCGAUGGGAGAAGUUUGAGAGUGUUCCUCAUGACAUCAAUCAUCUAGAGAUCCAUCUACAGCCGUACUGCACGUAUCACUUCAGAGCCCGAGCCGUUAAUGACAUCGGGACCAGCGAGCCCAGUCCUUCCUCAGAGUCCUACAUCACCCCCGCUGCAAAGCCGGACAUGAACCCAGAGAAUGUAACGACUGUCUCAACAGAUCCAGACAGCAUGGUCAUAACAUGGAAGGAACUGGAGCAACGGCAGUUUAACGGACCUGGAUUUAAAUACAAGGUCUCCUGGCGUCAGGCUUCAGGCAAGGAUUUGCACUGGAGGGAAACCAGCGUCUCCAGCCCUCCGUUCAUCGUCAAUGAGACAGGAACCUUCAUCCCGUUUGAGAUUAAAGUGCAAGCCAUCAAUGACCUUGGUGAAGGACCAGAACCAGUCGCUACGAUCGGCUUCUCUGGAGAAAACAUACCUCUUGAAGCACCAUCAGUGGUGGCGGUCAACAAACUGAAUAAAACCGCUGUUAUUGUGCAAUGGAGUCCAGUCAGCAGGGACUCUGUACGCGGACACUUACUGGGCUACAAGAUUCAUCUGAGAAAGAAGGGCAUCAGAGUCAGUCACAUAAGAAGACGGCUAGACAAGCGAGCACUGGAGAGACAACGAGAUGAUGAGAGGAGAGUGAUCAAGGUUUAUGGUCAGAAGGUGGAAGAGGUUGUGAGCGGUCUUCAGUUUUACUCACACUAUACUGUGACGGUUGCAGCAUUCAACAGCAGAGGAGAGGGGCCGCAUUCACAGCCAUAUCACUUCAGCACGCCUGAGGGAGCUCCUGGAACGCCGGCACUCUUGACCUUUGACAGUCUGUCAGAGACACAGGUCACUCUGCUCUGGCAACCCCCACACGAACCCAAUGGACUCAUCACAGGUUACCUGCUGCAGUAUCAAGAGAUUAUGGAUGGUAGUUCAAGCCCACAGCAGGUGGAGUCCAUUGAUCUGGCCCCUGUUACUGAGUUUACACUGAAUGGUUUGAACCCUAAGAGUCGAUACCACUUCGACCUGAGAGCACGCAACGCUGCUGGGGAUGGGGAGCCCAUAAAAAUUCUGGGUGCCACCCUGCUGGAUGGAGAACCACCAUCUGUAAUCAACAUAACCACUGGUGAGACAUCGGUCAACCUCAGCUGGGUGCCCGGAGUCAGACAUCGCAAUGUUCCCUUCAACUUCCGUUACCUGAAAAAAAGUGGUGGUGGUGCAUGGGAGGAGUCGGAGCAGGUAAACUCCACACAGGCGUUCUAUCAGCUGCAGGGUUUGUAUCCGGGCACAUGCUACCAUCUGCAGAUCCUGACUGGAAACACAUCACAUGACUGGGACUUCCAGACUAAAGGACCAGAGCUGGCGGAGCUGCCCAGCGGGUUUGCCACUCAGAGUUGGUUCAUUGGCCUCAUCAGUGCUGUAGUUCUGCUGCUGCUGGUCCUUCUCAUUCUGUGCUUCAUCAAGAGAAGUAAAGGAGGGAAAUACUCAGUGAAGGAUAAAGAAGAGGGUCAGGCAGAAUCUGGAGCUCGCACAAUGAAAGAUGACGCGUUUGGAGAAUAUAAUGAUAAUGAGAAGUGCUCCAUCAGUCAGCCGUCAAUCUGCGGCGAGAGCAAACGCAGCAGCAGCGACAGUCUGGCUGACUACGGAGAUAGUGUCGACAUCCAGUUCAAUGAGGAUGGUUCGUUCAUCGGCCAGUACAGCGGACACAGGGACCCGCAUGUGCAAGGAGGUCACGACAGCUCGGGUGCCACGUCCCCCUUCAACCCCAACAUGCCCCCUCCCAGCAUCAGCUUCCCCAACUCUGUGACGGGAAUACUGGGGCCGAAUUAACCAGUCACACACACACAUCCAUACACACCUGCCUGAGAAACUGAAUGACACUGCACCAUACUGCCCUCAUGGUAUUAGACAUCAACAAACAUCAUUCACACAUACGUAACAACAAACACACAUUGUACACUAUCUGACACACACGACUGACACGCAGGACUAAUGCUUGUAACAUUCCACCCGUGCGUUCUUGAAAACUGUUUACAACCAUCGCUCGCAUUGCAACACUUUCUCCAAAUUUACAGCGUGUGAUGUUUGAAUUGUUAAAUCUCCCUGGCUGGAAAUUAUUCCAACAAAUUAUUUUGCUGAAAGUUUGCAGAAUACCAUUCGAUAAGCUGCAGACUUGGCCAGGGAAAACCGUAAGGAAAUGUAGGCUUUGUUCACACUGCGCACAAAUCUGAUUUGAUUUCAAAUACGUGUUCACGCAUACUGUGUCUGAAAGCACUCAUAAUGAAUGCCACAUAGUCUACUACAUGUGGACAGAGUGAGAGAAAAUUAGUGUUAUGUUACAUAUGCAGUGUUGGGUUAGUUACUAAUCCACUACAAAUUACUAAUUACUUCUCUAAAAUUGUAAUCAGAUUACUUUGCUAAUUAAUUAAUUUAAAAAGUAAUUACAUUACUAAUUACAUUACUUUUAAGUUACUUUCUUACUCUUCACAGAAAUGAGUCAACAUAACACAUUCCGCUCAACAUAAUUCAAAUUAAUUUCUGUAUUUCCUCCUCGUCCAUUGACGUUUUCAAGUCCUACACACAGCACCUCACAUUUUUCCCUUACAAUGACAAAAAAAAAAAAAAAUGCAAACAGACGUACAUAUUAACGUUAUGCAUGUUUUAAUUUUAUUUCGUUUAAUAAAAAAAACUAUUGUUCUUUGGGAAUAUGUGUAACCCAAGUAAUUAACUUUAAUUGUUACAUUACUUCUUUUUUUUUUUUUAUCUAAAAAAAUUACAUUGUAAUCAGAUCACACCCAGCAUUUUAUAUGCAUUGCUUCACGAAUAAAGCAAAGACUUUAAAUCCGUUCAGACAGUUCAGAAUGAAUUACAUUACCAAAAAAAAAUAAAAAUAAUAAUAAUUCACAUUUUAAUUGGAUUUCAAAUCACAAUGUGGUGUGAACUGGAUUUGUAAAAAUCUGAUUUUUUUUUUUUUUGUUUCUUUUGUGCUUUUCAGCCUAGAAAAUUUUUUUUUGGAUUUGUGCUGAAUAUGUGCAACAAUGUGAUUUUUUUUUUUGUUUGUUUGUUUUUUUUUUUUUUUUUUUUGCAUGUCUGAACAAAGCUUUCAUGUAGAAUAAAUCUGGUAAUUGCGGUGUACCUGUACAGUCACAGGAAACAGUAACAUCUUGCAGGCUGAAAGGAGGAAAUUGUUUUAUGUUUCAUUUUCACAAGUUAUUUUGUUCUUAUUUGCUUUUAAACAAUGUUUCAAAAAAAAAUUUAACUGUUUUUUGUAUUGUUAUUUUUACAUUUACUUAUAUUUUUAUAGGAAGUACAUAUCAUAUAUUUUGUUUUAUAUAAUAUAUAUUUUGUUUUAUAAUCAUUUUUACUUUUUAUAUCAUCAGCAUUUAUUUUAAUGUCUUAUUUAUGUUGACAUGCUUUUGUCUUUAUAUAUUCCUUUUUAAUACACUCUACAUAAUACACUAUAUAUGUACGAAUAUUUAUGAUUGUUCCACUUGUGUCUUUCUGUCUGAAUAAUCAACGAUUAUCUUAAAAUCAGGACUCCUACCCAGAUAUAAUUUGUAUUGUUGCCCAAGUGUGUCAAGUUUCUUUAAAUAAUGGUGUUUUUGAUGCAACCUGAUACGUCAAAGCCAUUAAGGACAUACAGCCACUGCGAUGAAAGACAAAUGACGUGAUUUUGACACUAACAAAUUCUGAAAGUGUUUUUAUUCCUAGAAUGAACUUCCUGCAGCACUAACAGAAUGAUGCAAUGUAGGCUAGCUGAUGUUAUGUGCGGUUGUGUCUGUUGUUCUGCUGUAUAUCGCUGAGGCUGAAACCCCGUCGUGAUGCCUUACAGAGUUUGAGAACUCCUGCGCUUGAGUGUCCCGUGAAAAAAUUUUUAGGUUACAAACUGGUCAUUACAAGGUUAUUAUGCUAUAAAUGUGGUUAAUGAGGACAUUUCUAGUGUCCCCAUAAUUCAAAUCGCUUAAAAAAACAUACUAAACGAUGUUUUAUUGAAAAUGUAAAAAUGCAAAAAGUUUUUUGUGUGGGCAAGGUUUAGGGGUAGGGUUAGGGUUAGGGGAUAGAAUCUAUAGUUCGUACAGUAUAAAAAUCAUUAUGUUUAUGUACACCUUAGAAUGCCUGUGAACCAAUCAGAAUCAAGCAUUCAAAAGACCCUUGGUAUAAACAAAAUAUUAUUUUGUCUUUUUUCUUUUGAUUUCGGGGUGAAAUAUGACCUUGGCCGGACAUGUUCUUGACAGGUUUCAUGAGAUUCAUCCUUAGGAAUUGACCCAAUGACGAAUUUAGUAUACUUUUAACAGCAAAACAAGAACUGGGCGAGAAAGACGUAAUCUAAAUAAAUUAACAGUUAAAUGUACAAAAGAACAAAUCAGUGUCUCAUAUUCUGAAUGUAAGUAAUCUUUUACCAUUAUAAUUUAGUAUUUUAAUUAGUUUUAACCUUUAAUAUCUUUAUUACUACAAUAUUUAUACCAUAUCCUUGCUUUCAUGCUCAAAUUAUAGAUUCAUUUUCAGAGCAAAAUGUUUUUGUUUUCUUCUCUUAUUUAUGAUCACGCUUGAGCUGACCUUUAGAUUAGAAACCAUUAGACAACAGGUCAGUGGUACAAUGCAGUUUUUUUAUUGGGUUUUUCUGAAUGAAGCUAUUGUUAUGAAUAUGUAUGAAACAUUAAGUGCAUUUUAAGCAGUGUCUUCUUUUGGAUUGGGAAGCGCAUUGAUGAUGUCAUAAUUUGCUUACUGAUUGGUGAGCUCACAGGUCGAUUGGUAAUACAAUUUCAUCAUAACCAGCCUAUCAGAUAAUUGUUUGGGUAGAGUGGGAAAAUCAAGGUUCCAAUACAUGCUCAAUUAAUUUUAGUGUUUUAAUAUUUAUUUUUAUUUUAAGGGAUAAUUCCACCAAUAAUGAAAAUUCAGUGAUUUACUCACCCUCAUGAUGUUUCAAGCUUGUAUAACAUUUAUCCAUUGAACAAAAUAAAUAAAUAAAUAAAUUAAAAAAAAUAUAUAUAUAUAUAUAUAUAUAUAUAUAUAUAUAUAUAUAUAUAUAUAUAUAUAUAUAUAUAUAUAUAUAUAUAUAUAUAUAUAUAUAUAUAUGUGUUAGGCUGACUAGAUGACAGCCUCAGUCACCAUUCACUUUCAUUGUAUGGAAAGAAAGAUGCAAUGAAAGCAAAUGCUUACUACAUUCCCUUUUAUUUUUUUAUUUUUUUAUUUUUUUUGGUUCAUGGAAGAAAAAAAGUUGUAUGAGUGUGAGAAGACAUGAGGCUGUCCCUUUAAUUCUAAUUCUGAAGCAACACUGGCUUCAUCAUUUUCAGUCAGUAAUUGGUCAACUAGAUACAUUAUUUUCAGAUUGUUUAAUGGUCCUCUCUCUUGCAUAUUCCAUGCUGAAUUGUACUGAUUCAUGCUGGAAAAUGCCUGGUUAAAAUCAGGUUCAUUGUGAACAUUCAAACACAUAUGUAUCCUAAAUGUAAAAGUAUGUAGCCUGUAUACAUAUUUAAAUCUAUUUAAGAACCUGUGGGUUUUCUUCGCAGGGCUUUGUUAGUAUAGCUGUAAAGACCUAAAGCGAGCCCAUGCAGUAUGCACAUGUCACCACCCUUCCCAGUAUUUUUGGGAUAUCUUGAUAUUUUAUGUAACUUUCUUCUUACCUUUGCCUUCUUUUUUUAAGAAAAUAAAUGCUGAAAUGACCAUAAAAACUUAGAGUGAUAUUUUAAAAUGGUAACAGCCUCAAUGGGCAACAUUUGAAGUGUGUCGAGAGAUGACAGUCACGAUAUGUUAUAUGAUUGGGAAUAUGAGUGGUGAAGUAUGGAGCUCGUAAAUCUUGGAUCAUUAGCCCUCGGGCGCAGUGGUAUUGUAAACCUGCUUACUGCAUCAUGUGCUGUAUCUAAACACAAUGAAUAAAAUUACAUGGAUUAUGCAGAAGAUAAUGUGUAAUGCUUUUUGACCUUGCUUCACUUUGACCACAAAUUAUUUUUUUCAAUUGAAUUAAAAA